CUUUACGGGUUUUUACGUAUCAGCACAUUCGGAUACAAACCACAAGGCGUCGUGGUAACCAAACAGAAUAGGAAACUAAAAACCAGAGCCUCUAUUCUUGAAAGGUUUACGCAAACAUAGCUGCCAAGACAGUGUGAAAAUUCCAAGCAUUACGUCCAAAACGUUUCCUGGGAUAAUCCACGGAAAACGAUUCCCUGUCUUUUAUCGCUUUGGAACGAGUGCUAUUUUAACACGUAGGGACCGGUGGCCGCCGGUUUUUCUGCUCCUGGUCACGUAGACAGCAAUGGAUCGUUAUAUUUGGUUCGGACCCAGAUAACGGUGGCGUUAACGGACAGGCGAUAGUGUUCAGGGGUGCUCGGUGUGCGAGCACCGAUGGAAAAUCGCCCUUGUCAGAACUGCCAUACGGAGGGAUUCAUUGAAAAAUCCACACAGACUGAUAUCAGCUCACGGAUCCGUAUGAGGGUAUGAAUCGUUCACUCUAUUUUUCCCAUCACAUCACUGACCUCGACCACGGAGUCGCCCUUUGGUAAGGUGACUAACACUUGCCUCGCCAUAUAUUGCAUCUAAUAGCGGAGCUUUGCGGAGGAGUAGGCUAUAUUAGUGUAAUCAGGAUGUAUUAGGCAGUAGUAGUAAAGACAGUUGCUGAGAGCAUCCACUAUAGGAAGGUUUACGCUGCGUCUUAAAGCGUACCCUACACGAGGAGUUGUAGCCCACUGUCCACUUCCGGCGAAAGGGCAAAUGUAUGUCUAUGUUUGGCUAUACAUUAAUAUUGCCUUCCCUUUAAAAAAAAAAGGAUCUAUUAUAUUCAUUGGUCUUCGUUUACCUGUGUACUCGAGUUGACAAAUGUGAUAAGAUCUAUUCUCAGCAUCAUUGGAAUAGCAACAGUGAUUCAGGCAAUGUGGCACUUCAAGAUGGACUAAAUUUGCUGUGUGUCUAACAAAAUGUCAAAUGAGGUGUUUCACUGACGAACCCACGCCGACCUCUGAGGGGAUUUUGCGGACACCUAAGGAUAUCGCUCGGUCAUCAUCUGUCGGCCGGGGGAGCUUCCGCUAGAAGAGGAAUUCCCUCCUCGCCAACCCUACACUGCCGCUGUCCGGUCCUGCCCAGAGCUGAUGGACUCCGCCGAGCACGGAUCGGCGAUAGUCUCUUAAUGCCUUUGCAGCAACUGAACCGUGGGAUAGUUCAAUAAAAUACCGUUGGCUUGUCACGCUUAAAAAAGCAUGACGGACAAGACUGCUCCUCGCUGCCAGCUACGCUUGGAAUGGAUCCAUGGAUACCGGGGGCACCAGUGCCGCAACAACCUGUACUACACGGCAGGCAAGGAGAUGGUCUACUUCGUGGCUGGUGUCGGUGUGGUCUUCAACACCAGGGAACACACACAGAAGUUCUAUCUGGGACACAACGAUGACAUAAUCAGUCUGGCUCUGCACCCUGACAAGAUCCAGGUGGCCACGGGGCAGGUGGGGAAGGACCCCUACAUCUGCGUGUGGGACUCCUACGCCCUUCAGACCGUCUCCAUCCUCAGGGACGUCCACACACACGGCGUGGCCUGCCUAGCCUUCGACGCUGAUGGACAGCGAUUAGCCUCUGUGGGCCUGGACGCCAAAAACACGGUGUGCGUGUGGGACUGGAAGAGAGGAAGGGUAUUGGCCACAGCAACCGGCCACUCUGAUAGGAUAUUUGACAUCGCCUGGGACCCCUUCCUCCCACACAGACUGGUGAGCUGUGGGGUGAAGCAUAUCAAAUUCUGGACGUUGUGUGGGAACGCGCUGACCCCCAAGCGGGGGAUAUUUGGGAAGACGGGGGACCUGCAGACCAUCCUGUGUGUGACCACGUCCAAAGAAGAGGUCACCUACUCCGGGGCGCUCAACGGCGACAUCUACGUGUGGAAGGGGCUUAACCUGGCCCGCACCAUACAGGCAGCACACAGCGCGGGGAUCUUCAGCAUGCACGCGUGUGAGGAGGGGUUUGCCACUGGGGGCAGGGAUGGCUGCAUUCGACUCUGGGACGGAGACUUCAAGCCCAUCACCAAGAUCGACCUCCGAGAGACCGAGCAGGGCUACAAAGGCCUUUCGAUCCGUAGUGUGUGUUGGAAGGCGGACCGUAUCCUGGCCGGCACCCAGGACAGUGAGAUCUUCGAGGUGAUGGUGCGGGACCGGGACAAGCCCCUGCUCCUCAUGCAGGGCCACAGCGAGGGCGAGCUCUGGGCACUGGACAUCCACCCCAAGCAGCCACUGGCUGUCACCGGUAGCGACGACCGCUCCGUCAGGCUGUGGAGCCUAUCAGACCACACGUUAAUCGCCCGCUGCAACAUGGAGGAGGCCGUGCGCAGUGUCUCCUUCAACAAUGACGGCUCACAGCUCGCCCUGGGAAUGAAGGAUGGCUCCUUCACUGUGCUUCGAGUAAGGGACAUGACCGAGGUGGUCCACAUCAAGGACCGCAAGGAGGUGAUCCACGAGCUCAAGUUCUCGCCCGACGGCUCCUACCUGGCGGUGGGCUCCAACGACGGCCUGGUGGACAUCUACGCCGUGGGGCAGCGCUACAAGAAGGUGGGAGAGUGCAACAAGUCGUCCUGCUUCAUCACCCACCUGGACUGGUCCGUGGACAGCCGCUUCCUGCAGACCAACGACGGCGCCGGGGAGAGACUCUUCUACAGGAUGCCAGCUGGGAAGUUCCUGCCCAAAGAGGAAACCAAAGGAAUCCACUGGAUGACGUGGACAUGUGUCCUCGGCCAGGAGGUGAACGGCAUUUGGCCGAAGUACUCCACCGUCAACGACAUCAACUCCGUGGACGCCAACUACAGCAGCGCGGUUCUGGUCACCGGGGAUGACUUCGGCCUGGUCAAACUCUUCAGAUUCCCCUGCCUUAAGAAAGCGGCCAAAUUCAAGAAGUACAUUGGACACUCUGCACACGUGACCAACGUGCGCUGGUCACAUGACCUACAGUGGGUGGUGAGCACGGGCGGGGCGGACCACUCCGUGUUCCAGUGGCGCUUUCUCCCCGAGGGCGUCAUGAACGGGGUCCUGGAACCCCUCCUGCAAGAGGGCUACGCCGACUCCAACAGCGGGGAAUCGGACUCGGAUCUCUCCGACGUUCCGGAAUUGGACUCGGACAUCGAGCAGGAGGCUCAGAUGAACUACGAGCGGCAGGUGUAUAAGGAAGACCUGCCUCAGCUGCGGAAGAAGCUGGUGGGGUCACUGAAGCGCCAGAAGGCCCCAGAUGAGGGACUACGCCUGCAAUUUGUUCAUGGGUACCGAGGCUGUGACUGCAGGAAUAACCUGUUCUACACGCAGGCGGGUGAGGUGGUGUACCACGUGGCGGCGGUGGCCGUCGUCUACAACCGACAGCAGCACACGCAGCGCUUCUACCUGGGUCACGACGACGACAUCCUCAGCCUGACGGUGCACCCGCUGAAGGACUAUGUGGCCACUGGACAGGUGGGUAGAGACCCAGCAGUCCACGUGUGGGACCUCCAGACACUGAAGUGCUUGUCGCUGUUAAAGGGACAACACCAGAGAGGAGUAUGUGCCCUGGAGUUCACAGGUAUUCGGCAUGGUAAGAGCCUGGUUUCCGUGGGGAUCGAUGAGGGCCACAACAUAGUGAUCUGGGACUGGAGGAAAGGAGAGAGCUCGCCAAGAGGACACAAAGACAAGAUCUUCGUGGUGAAAGGAAACCCCUUCCGCAUGGACAAGCUUGUCACCGUGGGGUUGAAGCACGUCAAGUUCUGGCAACACACAGGCGGGGGUCUGACGUUUAAGCGGGGCAUCUUCGGGGGCCUGGGGAAGCAGGAGACCAUGAUGUCGGUGUGCUACGGCCGGGCGGAGGACCUGGUGUUCUCCGGAGCCACCACGGGUGAUGUGUACGUGUGGAAGGACACCACGCUCGUUAAGACCAUCAAGGCCCAUGACGGGCCAGUGUUCGCCAUGUGCUCCCUGGAUAAGGGCUUUGUGACGGGGGGUAAGGACGGGGUGGUGGAGCUGUGGGACGACAUGUUUGAGAGGUGCCUGAAGAGCUACGCCAUCAAGAGGGCCGCUCUUUCCCCAAACUCUAAAGGGCUCCUCCUGGAGGAUAACCCCUCCAUCAGAGCCAUCACCCUGGGCCACGGACACAUCCUAGUGGGCACAAAGAAUGGGGAGGUCCUGGAGAUUGACAAGAGUGGACCCAUGACCUUACUGGUGCAGGGUCAUAUGGAGGGAGAGGUGUGGGGUCUGGGUGCUCACCCCCUGCUGCCCAUCUGUGCCACCGUCAGCGACGACAAGACGCUCCGCAUCUGGGAGCUCUCGGCUAAUCACCGCAUGGUGGCCGUCCGCAAGCUCAAGAAAGGUGGUAGGUGCUGUGCCUUCUCCCCUGACGGGAAAGCCUUAGCCGUGGGCCUGAAUGACGGGAGUUUCCUGGUGGUGAAUGCCGACACGCUGGAGGACAUGGUGACCUUUCACCACAGGAAGGAGAUCAUAUCAGACCUGCGCUUCUCACAGGACGCUGGCAAGUACUUGGCAGUGGCCUCCCACGACACGUUCAUAGACAUCUACAACGUGCUGACGAGCAAACGUGUGGGCAUCUGCAAAGGGGCCUCCAGCUUCAUCACCCACAUCGACUGGGACAUGCGCGGAAAACUGCUACAGGUGAACACUGGAGCCAAGGAGCAGUUGUUCUACGAGGCACCACGAGGAAGGAGACAAACCAUCAACACCACUGAGUUUGAGAAGGUGGAGUGGGCCUCCUGGACGUCGGUUCUGGGCCCCACCUGCGAGGGCAUCUGGCCGACGCUGAGCUUCGUGAACGCCUCGUCCCUCACCAAAGACAAGAAGCUGCUCGCCACCGGAGAUGACUUCGGCUUCCUCAAGCUGUUCAGUUUCCCCUGCAAGGGUCAGUUUGCCAAGUUUAAGCGGUACGUGGGGCACAGUGCCAACGUCACCAACGUCCGCUGGUCCCAUGACGACACCAUGCUGCUGUCAGUGGGCGGGGCCGACUCGGCUCUGAUGAUCUGGGCAAGGGAGGCGGGCGUGGCACGAGAAAGCAAAGCCGUGGACAGCGAGGAGUCAGAUGACGACGCAGAAGAUGAUGGAGGUUACGACAGUGAUGUGGCCAGAGAGAGGACCACAGACUACACCACCAAGGUCUACGCCGUCAGCAUCCGUGAGAUGAGUGGCACCAAGCCCCACCAGCAGCAGAAGGAGGUCGUGGUGGAUGAGAGACCCCCCGUGAGCAGAGCUGCGCCGCUGCCAGACAAACUACUCAAGAAUAACGUCACCAAGAAGAAGAAGCUGGUGGAGGAGCUCCAGCUGGAUCACGUGUUCGGCUACCGGGGCUUUGACUGCAGGAACAACCUGCACUACCUCAACGACGGAGCCGACAUCAUCUUCCACACGGCCGCAGCUGCUAUCAUACAGAGCCUCUCCGCAGGAACACAAACCUUCUAUCUGGAGCAUACCGAUGACAUCCUUUGUCUCACAGUCAAUCAACAUCCGAAAUACCAAAACAUCAUCGCCACGGGCCAAAUAGGAGAUGUGAAUGACCUGCCAGGCAUGGCUCCCUCCAUCCACGUGUGGGACGCCAUGAGCAAGCAGACGCUGUCCGUGCUGCGCUGCUCCCACUCCAAGGGCGUGGGCUACGUCAACUUCAGCGCCACGGGGAAGCUGCUGCUCUCGGUGGGAGUGGAGCCGGAACAUUCCAUCACUGUGUGGCGCUGGCAGGAAGGUACCAAGGUCAGCAGCAAAGGGGGCCACACGGACCGGAUCUUCGUGGCGGAGUUCCGUCCGGACUCGGACACGCAGUUCGUGUCGGUGGGCGUGAAGCAUAUCAAGUUCUGGACGCUGGUGGGGGGCUCGCUCAUGCACAAGAAAGGCGUGAUCGGGACGGUGGAGGACGGGCGCAUGCAGACCAUGCUCUCCGUGGCCUUUGGUGCCAACAACCUGACCUUUACGGGGGCCAUCAACGGGGACGUGUACGUAUGGCGGGAGCACUUCCUGGUCCGAGUGGUUGCCAAGGCGCACACGGGGCCGGUGUUCACCAUGUACACCACGCUCAGGGAUGGCCUCAUCGUCACCGGCGGCAAGGAGCGCCCCACUAAAGAGGGCGGGGCAGUGAAGUUGUGGGAUCAGGAGAUGAAGCGCUGCCGGGCGUUCCAGCUGGAGACGGGUCUGCCGGUGGAGAACGUUCGCUCCGUCUGCCGUGGAAAGGGUAAGAUCCUGGUGGGCACCAAGGACGGCGAGAUCAUCGAGGUGGGCGAGAAGAACGCCGCCUCCAACACCAUGAUCAACGGGCACACGCAAGGACGCAUCUGGGGCCUCGCCACGCACCCCACUAAAGAUGUGUUCAUCUCCGCCAGCGACGACGGCUCCAUACGCAUGUGGGACCUGGGAGACAAGAAACUUCUGAACAAGGUGAGCCUGGGCCACCCAGCCAAGUGCACGGCGUACAGCCCCAACGGGGAGAUGGUGGCCAUCGGCAUGGAGAACGGCGAGUUCAUUGUACUGCUGGUCAACUCGCUCACCGUCUGGGGCAAGAAGAGGGACCGCAGCGUCGGCAUCCAGGACAUCAGGUUCAGCCCUGAUAACUGUCUGCUGGCGGUGGGCUCCGUGGAGAGCGCCGUGGACUUCUAUGACCUCACGCUGGGGCCCUCACUCAACCGCAUCGGCUACUGCAAGGACAUCCCCGGCUUCGUCAUGCAGCUGGACUUCUCUGCUGACAGCAAGUUUAUCGGGGUUUCCACAGGAAUGUACAAGAGACAGGUUCAUGAGGUUCCCAACGGGAAGGUGGUGUCGGAGCAGACCGCCAUGGACAGAAUCACCUGGGCCACGUGGACAAGCGUGCUGGGAGAUGAGGUGGUGGGGGUGUGGCCACGCAACGCUGAGAAGGCUGACGUCAUCUGCGCGUCCGUCUCUCACGCCGGCCUCAACAUCGCCACGGGAGACGACUUCGGCCUGGUCAAGCUCUUCGACUUCCCGUGCACAGAAAAAUUUGCCAAACACAAGCGCUACCUCGGUCACUCUGCUCACAUCACCAACAUUCGUUUCUCUGCCGACGACAAGUACGUCAUCAGUGUCGGAGGCAGUGACUGCAGUGUGUUUGUCUGGAAAUGCCUGUAACAUGGAUGCUCCUGACUGAGCCAGUGACCUGAAGAUGAGAGAGUGUCUCACUGCCUCUACGAAGCUGCUGCUGCUGCAAUCUUGACCUGACCUUUGACCUGAGAUGCUGCAUCCACCUCAGCUACACCCAUAGGAGACCUACAGGACGUACUCGCAUUUCACCAUUCACUCUCUCAGUAAAGGGUGCAGUCUAGAACCUCUAAUGGUUCUUUGGUUUUAUUUGCCUAGAAAAGCAUUCAAAUGUUCUACUCUGAACAUUCUGAUGGACCCUUCCAGGGUUCUUUGUAGAAGCCUUUAAAGAGUUAAACGGAGUAGAACCCUUAUCAAACCUUUAAAGAGUUAAACGGAGUAUAACCCUUAUCAAACCUUUAAAGAGUUAACUGGAGUAGAACCCUUAUCAAACCUUUAAAGAGUUAAACGGAGUAGAACCCUUAUCAGCCGUUAUGAAACCUUUCUGCCAACAAAGGGUACUUUAUAUGCAAAAGGUUCUUUUUGUAACCUCUAGCUUUUUGAAGAACGGACAAAGAAUAUUUUGGGGGCAUAAAGGGAGUAAACUGGAGAGUGCAGAAAUCUUAUAUUCUGCCCAUUAUAAAUUAAAUGUAUUAUAGAUUAUAAAUACAAGAAAAAGAGUAUAUGACAGUUUCAGGUACCUAUAGAUACAUAGAUAUAGAAACCCAUCCACAGAAUUGUGUGGUAACUAUCUGAAUUCAGAGUUUUAUUUCACAGGGGGUGGGGGUGAAACUAGAGGGUGAAGUCAGCUGCUUUAAUGCAAACAAAAAAAUACCUCCUCAGAGAUUCUCAAGAAGUUAUGUUCCU